UGGCAUGGACGAAUGUUUGUUAGCUUCCGGUGACAACGUUGACUGUGUGGCGGACGAGUUCGUUCCACUCCAGCUCCACUGUUAAAAGGCGAGAAUAUGUGGAGGGGAAUCUCGAGUGAGCUGCAAGCCAAGCGCCAGGAGAGCAAUUUAAGCAAAAAAGCAGCGGAGGACAAGGGGGUAUCCAUCUAUCCCAUCUAUCUCUCUAUCAUCCGCAAGGAUUAUAGCUAUGGCGGUCUUGUGCUGCUCACACCACCCUAGCACGCAGCUCAGAAAUCCCCAUGAGUCGUCCUCCCACCACAAAUUCGCCAAGGGCAUGGUGGCUUUUCCAGGCAGCUCGCGGCCCAUGAAGUUCUCGCCGCCGCCGAGAUGGAGAAUGCUGGCGACCCCCGCGUCGCGGACGCUCCAGGACGUCAAGAACAGCAGCACAGGUGAAUCCUCCUUCGAUCUCCAAUCCUACUUGCAAUUCAAGGGCGUGGCCGUGAACGCGGCGCUGGACGAGGCGCUGCCGAUGCGCUACCCGGACAAGAUCCACGAGGCCAUGCGCUACUCGCUGCUGGCGGGCGGCAAGCGCGUGCGGCCCAUCCUGUGCAUCGCCGCCAGCGAGAUGAUCCCCGGCGGCACCCAGGAGGCGGCCAUGCCGUCCGCCAUAGCCAUGGAGAUGAUCCACACCAUGAGCCUCAUCCACGACGAUCUCCCGUGCAUGGACAACGACGAUCUCCGCCGCGGCAAGCCCACUUGCCACAAGGCGUUUGGCGAGGACACGGCGGUGCUGGCGGGCGACGCGAUGCUCUCGCUCGCGUUCGAGCACAUCGCGCGGUGCAGCGCGGGCGUGCCGGCGGAGCGAGUGGUGCGCAUCGUGUCGGAGCUGGGCAGCGCGGUGGGAUCGCAGGGCCUGGUGGCCGGCCAGAUCGUGGACAUCGCCUGCGAGGGCAAGGAGGGCGUGGACCUGGACACGCUGCGCUACAUCCACAUCCACAAGACGGGCAAGCUGCUCGAGGCGGCGGGCGUGUGCGGCGCCAUCGCGGGCGGCGCGAGCGAGGAGGAGGUGGGCAGGGUGCGGAGCUACUCGCAGGCGGUCGGGCUGCUGUUCCAGGUGGUGGACGACAUCCUGGACGUGACCAAGAGCUCGCAGGAGCUGGGCAAGACGGCGGGCAAGGACUUGAUCUCGGACAAGACCACGUAUCCCAAGCUGCUGGGCUUGCAAGGGGCGCGCGACUACGCGGAGGAGCUCCUGGCGGGGGCCAAGCAGCAGCUGGCGGCGUUUGGGGAGUCGAGGGCGGCGCCACUGCUCGCGCUGGCCGACUACAUUGCCUACCGUCAAAAUUGACCGUGUACCAUUUUAGGGCUUAUUCUUUAUACGAAAGGAAAGCGUCAAAAAGUUGAUCACAUUUC